CUUUUUUCGGCCCUUUUCGAUAAAAACUCCUCCUACUGGGGAGUGAGGUCAGUUAUGAAGUAGGACAAAUCUGUCCAAACAUGGAGAAAAAGGGGUGCCCUGAGGAGCUCCGCAUGUUCGCUGAGGCUUCCUAAAGUAAAAGAUUAGUGAAAUUCGCUGAGCAAAGCCAAGCUUUUUGGAACCAGCUAUGCCAAUCAAAUGGGUUUUGCACUGGCAGCCAAAUGCUGGUACAACAGUCAACACCCAAAUCCUUUCAGAGGUUUCUCAAUGUGUCGAGAGCAUCAAUGGAGCCAAAGAAGGAAGGUGGAAAACUACUCUCAGCUUCUACAAGCCCAUACUCAGAGACCAAGCUAAUGCCAAUGAAUUUCCGCGUGAUUUUUUGGGGAUUUCACUUCAAGAGCAGCCUGGCAAGUAUUACUUUGUGCUUAGAGGGCAAUGCCUAGUUAUGGAAGCAGAAUCAUCAAUCCAGACUAUAAUGGAGAAGCUCCAGUCAUAUAAAACUAGAGUUGCACUUAAUUUUGAGGGGCUUCAAUACCAACUUGGUGACUUUCGGCUGCGAGUGGGAAAAGUUGUCCCAAUUCACACUGAGGCUUUGAGGGGAAUAGUAAUGGAGAUGGAGUAUCUUCCUAUCUCUUCAUGGGAAACAUCACAUCAAAUCAUGGGAGAGUUUUUUGAUAUCUGGAAGGAGGCUCUCUCAAAGAGAUCACUGCCAGGCCAUUUCGUGCAUAUUGAACCAAACUUCACAGAGUUUGCCCUUGCUGAUCAGUACUCUUCUCAGCACACAGCCGUACAGUAUGCUUGUAUCAUGGCUCAAAUGCUUGCCACCGCUCAAUCGGCCCAGGCUAUGAGAACUUAGGCACGUCACCAGCAAAUCCCCAUCUAUAAAUGUUUGUACAAUUUGAAUAUGACCCUACUUUUGCUAAAAGAUGAUCCAUUUGGAUGUGGGCUACAUUGUGCAAGCUAACGAUUGUGUCCCUUAAAAAAUAUUUCCAA